AUGAAUAUAAAAAUCUUAUUGAUGAAAAUAAAUAUUCUACUAAUGCAGAAGUUACAGAAAUACUAAAAAUUUUAGUAGCUACUAAUUCUAAUUCUUUAUACAUAGUAAAACAAAAAUCUUAA